CAGUAAAGAUGGCGUCCAUACUGCAGCCGGAGAGAGUGCUCUACCUUGUCAAUGGCGAAAAGAGGAUUCGCACCCCGCUGUCCCUUCUUUAUUUCUGCCGCUACUGCUGCGAAUUGCGGUCGCUGGAAUGCGUGUCACACGAGGUGGACUCCCACUAUUGUCCCAGCUGCCUGGAGAAUAUGCCUUCAGCUGAAGCAAAGCUCAAAAAGAACAGGUGUGCCAACUGCUUCGACUGCCCAUGCUGCAUGCACACGCUGUCCACUCGUGCCACCAACAUCCCCGCGCCCCUGCCCGACGACCCUGCCAAGACCACCAUGAAGAAGGCCUACUACCUGGCCUGCGGGUUCUGCCGCUGGACCUCGCGUGACGUGGGCAUGGCCGACAAGUCUGUGGCCAGUGGUGGUUGGCAGGAGCCUGAGAGCCCUCACACACAGCGGAUCGGCAAGCUGAUUGAGUACUACCAGCAGCUGGCUCAGAGGGAGAAACUGGACCGGGACCGCAAGAAGCUGGCCCGCCGACGGAACUUCAUGCCCUUGGCAUUCACGGAGAAAUACGGCCUGACCACCAGGCUGCAGCGGCAGAGAUCUGGAGCGCCUGUUGUGAGCCUCUCUGGCCUGUCUCUGAAGGAGGGAGAGGAGCAGAAGGACAUAAAGUUUGAGCCGGCGCAGGCCCUGGAUGAGGUGGAGCCGCUCCCCGAGGACUGCUACACACGACCCAUCAACCUGCCGGAAGUGACCACUCUGCGUCAGCGGCUGCUGCUGCCAGACCUCCAGCCACCGGGGGCGCUGCAGCUUCACCCCAAACAUAAACAGCUCCUGAUCAAGCGCUCACUGCGAUGCCGGAAAUGUGAGCACAAUUUGAGCAAGCCAGAAUUCAACCCAUCCUCAAUCAAAUUCAAGAUCCAGCUGGUGGCAGUGAACUACAUCCCAGAAGUGAGAAUCAUGUCCAUUCCAAACCUGCGAUACAAGAAGGAGAGUCAGGUGCUGCUGACCCUUACCAACCCUGUGGAGAACAUUACCCACGUCACCUUGCAGAGCUGCGAGGAGGGAGAUCCGGACAACAUCAACAGCACUGCUGAGGUGCAGGUGCCCUCGAAGGAGCUGGUCCUGGCAGGGAAGGACGCGGCAGCUGAGUACGAUGAGCUGGCAGAGCCACACGACUUCCAGGACGACCCAGAUGUGGUGGCGUUCAGGAAGUCCAACAAGAUCGGCUUCUUCAUCAGGGUGACCCCGCAGCGCGAGGAGGGCGACGUCGUCGUGUCCUUCAAGAUCCGCCACGACUUCCGGAACCUGGCGGCCCCGCUGCGGCCCGGCCAGGAGGGCGGCGCCCCCUGCGAGGCGGUCUGGCUGAGCCACCACGUGGAGCUGUGCCUCGGGCGCCUGGCUCCUUGAGAGCGUCGCCCCCUGCUGGCUCACAGUACAUUUGCACGCAAGCCGCUGUAUACUCCUCACGUACCCUCCCCUGAAAUAUACGCACCAAACCGAGGGAUGAUAUCUGUCUGAAAGAAGAUAAGAGUAAAAUAGCUCUAUUGUUUUUGGCAUGCCUUUGAUCACUACACACAAGCUGCCAUGUAGAAAGAGCUUUUGGUCUUUUCAGGUGCAAAGGCAGCCGUUCCCUCACUGAUUUAGUUGUGUACAGUAUGCUGGCAGUGGAAGGCAGUUGGUUAUUUAGCGUAUUUUGUUGUUUUGAGGUUAGGGAUGUGAAUAAUGGUUAUAACCAUAUUUGGUUAACCCCUCUCAAAGGUGAAGGAUGAAUAAGAAAUUGAGAAUGCUAUGCACUUAAAAACUAAUUCACACCUUUUUUGAGGAUAGAGCAAAUCAUCAGCAGAAUGACACUGAUAAAAAUGUAGCUUUGCAAGCUCACCCAAAGACUGAAAAAUACUUGCUGUGGGUGGGCUCCAGGGUUUCACGUCACACCGCAUUGACUAGAAGUAUUUGUCUUUCCUUUUUUGGGCAGUUCAAGAUCCCUGUUGAUCUGGGCGACCUCACAAUUCACUACAAUAACAACAGAAUGUCAGCCUGCAAGGUGACUGUCUAUCUUGGCUCCAGCUUGUCUGUCGUCCCCCACGGUCUUGAACGCGUGCUCCAUCCAUACUAGGAACCCAGUCGUUCACAUAAUUCCUGGCCUGACGAGUUACGCAUAUAUCACAAAAGGUCAGGCGAUGAAAAUAAACUACAUAGUCUCUCACAGGAGGAUGGGGCACACGCUGACAUGCGCAGGGGCACAGUUCCACACAGCAUUGCACUCAGAGUGCUGUGUGCUAACUGUCAGUAAGUCUUCUGUUCAUAUUCGCUAAAGCGCUGACAGUCAUUUGAAAAGUUAAUUAUCUGUUAGUGCAUUACUGCAUUACUCGUGUGAGUGAUUGGGAUUUGAGCUGGUUAUACCUGAACUGGAAAAUAGUUUUUUUUUUUCUUCUGUGCAUUUUCACUAAACAGUUAAACAUUAAUAGGUAGAUGGACAUUAAUAGUUAACCAAAUAUAAGGAUAUUAACAUCUCGGCUUGAAAUGUAUGUUUUGAUGGCAAUAAGGCAUCAUUAAGAAGGAUGAUUGUAACAUUUCCACUGGAAGUUAUUAGGAAUGACAUUGACUGAUGCCUGAUGCAUCAAAAUUGAUUGAAAAAAUAACAUGUUCAUAACCUUUUUGCUGAAUCAGUGCAUCUUUAAUUGGAAUUCUUGGAAUUAAGUCUGCGAACGGCCAUUUAGGUAUCAGAAACAAUUACUGCAGUUUGCACUCCGCCCAGCAGGUGGUGGCAAUAUAAUGGGCUGACUUACGGUUAGCGGCGGUCACGGAUACUGCUCAGUGGCCAUUUAUGAAGUACCUGGCGGUUUUCUGUGGCUGUGAUAACUCUCAGAUUGCCGUGUAUUGUGAAGCUGUGUGGAGCUUUCUUUCGUAUGCAUAUGUUUUUUGCGUGGGUGCUCAAUUAUCUCUCCAUGCUAAGAUGGUGGUCUAUAUGGCACUUCAGUCCCUCCCUCCAGCAGGUUAGUGCAGGGAUAGGAGGGUAGACCUGGACCACACUUGUUUUAGCAUGUCAUUAGGUAAAAGUGACUGAGCUCAGUAUCUACCGGUCAAUGUUGGUACCAGUAAAUGUAAGGGUUGAAUUUGUGAAGCUUUGUUGCACUACCAUAUACCUACUGUAGGAGAACAAAAACAAACAAAAAAUCUUUGUCCAGUGUCAGCUACCUUUCCUACCCUGCUUAGUGUAAAAAAUCUCAUUCUCGCUGAAGCCGUAUAUGUACUGUAGUGUUUGCCUUUCUGGUUGUUCUUCAGCAUCUAUAAUUUCAAGAACUCAACCUCAAUAAAACUUUGAA